AUGUCGCUCGACUGUGUGCUUACCUUUCUUCUACUGUUGACCGGCACUUUCGGCAACUAUACCGACACACUGUGGGAGCACCGGUGUGAUCCCGGAUCGGAGAUAUUUGUCUGCACGGUACCGAACUUCCUGUACCGACCGAAUCAAAACCAUUCAAAGUUGAUUGUUCCCGAAACGGUGCGCAAGGUACGGCUUGCGUAUCCGACCGAUAAAAUAUUAAUACAGCGCGACACCAUCGUUGCGUACGACGCAACCCUUCACGCUGCCCUGCAUCGUCCGAAAGCGGUUCAAAUUGCCGGGACCAUGUUAAAGCGGUUUGAGGUGCCGCUCGAUCUAGAGUAUGCGGACUUUCGUGAUAAUUCCAUACACACAGUGCUCGCACCGGAAGUGAACGGAUCGGUGUAUGCGUUGCGGUAUCUGGAUUUGCGUAACAACGAGAUGGAGCGGAUCGAUAGCCUAGCCACGCUGGUGAACCUGGAAACAUUGAUGCUUCGCGCGAAUCGUAUCAGCGUCCUCGAUGGGACGGCGCUCGGCUGUUUCACCAAGCUGACCGGGCUGGAUUUGGGUAGCAAUACGGUGGAAGAGAUUCCCGCCAGCCAUUUGCCGGCCUCGCUCGAAUGGUUAAUAUUGCGCCGCAACAUGUUGUACGCAUCGGUGGACUUUUCCGGUGCUCGUCUACCGGCACUGAAGGUGUUGGAUAUGCAGCACAAUUUCUGCAACGAACUGGAUCUGGGCGUGUUACUGGUGGCGGCUCCCAAUCUCGACGGAAUUAUGCUUGACGGGAAUUUCAUCAACUCCGAGGAAGGAAAGGUCAUCAUGACUCGACUGGUGAAUGCUGGAGUAUCGCACGAUAAAUUUGUCAUGAGCGACAGUGAGCACGAUGAUGAGCAGAACGAUUAUUAUCGCAGGCAGCAGAAGAUUAAGGUGCAGGAGGAUAUCAUUGCCGGUAUGAUUGCAGUGGUCAACGUGUGUGUGAUUGGUUGGGGAUUUUACAGAGUGUAUAAGUCCCGGAUUAGUAUAGUUACAGAGCGUGCAAGUGGCAGCACCGUUUGA